AUGGGCUUCUUCUCGACGAGCAGACCGACAGCUCCGGCACCAGCCGCCACAGAUACUGUCAUUCCGUUUCACACCCUGGACGGCCAUGCGGUGGUGCAGGCAAUGGUCCUGGAGUUCGCUUACAGAUUCGAUGAUGCCCUUGAGUAUGAGAGACUACGGAGUUCCCUGGAACGACUACUUGAAAUUGGCGACUGGCGGAAACUCGGUGCGCGGAUCCGCAAGAAGGGCAAGAACAAAUUCGAAUACCAUCUGCCGAAGCACUAUACCGAGGAGCGACCCGGUGUCUACUUUAGUAACACACGACACGCGACGAGAAUCAAUGACCACCCGGUCGCGUCGAGGAUGCCGCGCGCAGUCGCUGUACCUACAAUCUUCGGCUCCCCGGAUGAAUUCAAGCCCGUCAUCCAUGGCCCCGAUCAUCCCCAAAAUAUCGACGAUUGGUUACACUCUGAUCGUUCGCCAUUGAGCGUCCACGUCGGAAGCUUCCACGACGCUACUCUCCUUACACUAACAUUCUCUCACAUGGUUCUUGACGCAUGCGGAGUGGCCGAGCUUAUGACAGCAUGGCUUUGCGUUCUCGAACGCAGAGAGGAGGAGAUCAAGCCUUUUCUUGGUUUCGCUGAAGAUCCUCUGCAGAAGGCCGUCGGUCGCGUCCCAAAGGAGAAGCACAUGUUCUAUGAUCAGGUCGCCGGACCUCUUGGCUUGGCAAGUUUCGUCGUUGGCGUUCUCCUCGAACUGAUCCGAUAUCCUCAAGAAGAGACAAGGACGAUUUGCAUUCCUGACAGAUACGUCCGAGUACUGAAAGCCGAAGCUAAGAACGACCUCAAAGCGCUGUCGGCAGAGAAAGGCGAAGAUAUAUUCGUGAGCGACAGUGACGUUCUCUUCGCUUGGUGGGCGAAGUUGACCAUCGCAUGCCAAUGUCCUCGACUCAGCCGACCAGUGAGACUCGGCAACAUCUUCACUUGGAGAGGUGUUAUCGACGACGUCUUACCACCGGACACGGCCUACGUCGGCAAUGCUAUUUCAUGCGCUUACAUGACCACCACAGUCAAGGAGGUACUAGCACGGCCCCUUGGCCGCCUCGCGUUGGAUCUGCGAAACAUGCUCGCGCGACAGCGGAAUAAGGAACAGAUUUUCGCAUCCCUCUCUUUACUUUUCGAAUUCAUCGCCAAGGGCAAAUUCAUGAUCUUUGUGCCUGGCAAUGCGCUCAGACUUACAUGGUCGAAUUGGCAAAAAGCAAAAUUCUUCGACAUGGACUUUUCCGCCGCCGUGAGACCUGACUCUCCGCUCGAACGCCCGGACCUCAAGAACACAAUUGGCCGACCGACCUACAUGAACUACACAGGACGCAUGGUCGGCAUGCGUGGGUCUGGACCCGUGCUCGGGCGGGAUGCCCAGGGCAAUUGGUGGUUCCAGUGGGCUCUGCGGAAGAGCAUGUGGUCAACCGUGGAAAAACGUCUGCAAGAGUUGGCCGAGAUGCCUGUGUGA